GCGAGCGGGGGCGGAAGCGGUGCCGGAAGCGGAGUCAUGGCGGGGUUUCCGGGGCAGGGCUACCCCGGCGCGGGUCAGGCCGGGCCCUACUCCGGAGGCCCCUAUGGCGGCGGCGCAGCCCCCGGGCAGCCCUACGGAGCGCCCCCGGCGGGACCCUACGGAGGAGCCGCUCCUGGAGGCGGCGCUCCGCAGGGCGUGGAUCCCGAGGCCUUCGCCUGGUUCCAGGCGGUGGACGCUGACCGCAGCGGUUACAUCUCGGUGAAGGAGCUGAAACAGGCGCUGCUCAACUCCAACUGGUCGGCGUUCAACGACGAGACCUGCCUGCUGAUGAUCAACAUGUUUGAUAGGAGCAGGUCGGGACGCAUGGAUGUGUACGGCUUCUCAGCCCUGCUGCGCUUCAUCCAGCAGUGGAAGAACCUCUUCCAGCAGUACGACAGGGACCAGUCGGGCUCCAUCAGCUUCAGUGAGCUCCAGCAAGCGUUCUCCCAGAUGGGCUACAACCUGAGCCCCCAGUUCAGCCAGCUGCUGCUGUCCCGUUACGCCCAGAGGUCCUCCAACCCCACCAUCCAGCUCGACCGCUUCAUUCACAUCUGCAUGCAGCUGCAGAGCCUGACGGAGGCCUUCCGUGAGAAGGACACGGGGAUGGCGGGCAGCGUGCGGCUGGGCUACGAGGACUUCCUCACCAUGGUCAUGACACGCAUGUUGUGAGGCCCGAGGCCAAGGCGGGUGGUGGCCGUCCUGCCCCUCGCUGUGCCCCCCGUGCUGCAGGAAGGAGCACAGGGCCCCGCGCCCUGCUGGCAGCUCCCUGCUCCCAUUCCUCCUCCCUGCUGGAUGGCGGCGGGUGCCUCUGUGCUGCGGGGCUGCGCCACAGCGUGUGACAACCAAACUGGGGGUGUCUGUGCCAUGCUGAGAUUCUGUGCCGUGCCUCUGGGAGCGCCUGGAUCUUCUGCCAGCCUCAGAAUCAUAGCAAAACCCGGGGCCGCCUCGUGCUGUUGGCAGGCAGGAUUGGGUCCCCCAUUGCCAAUGUCUGUACUGAUUUCUUUCUGCCUGUGGAAGCCAAGCUUGGAAACGGUUUACAGCUAAUUUUUGUAGCUCUAAUAAAAGACCUCUGGCACCA